AUGACGGGCCGCGAAUCGCAUCGCAUUAAGGACGCGGAGAAGAAACGGGUGUUAGAUGAAGCCGCACGGCUGCGACGUGCACGAAAAGCUCUGGAAGCUCUCGAGCGAGAUAACUUUCAAGAUGAUCCGCACGCAGACUUGGUAAUGUCCAAAAAACUACCCAAAUUCCAGGAGAGCAUAAAGAACGCCAAGGAGAAGAAGGGUAAGCGAAAAGGAGCCGAAUACUUUCGUGCCAAAUAUCGCAAAAAUUUUCAACAACUGCUCGAGGAGGACAAACAGAGGCCCAACUAUGAGAGCGCAGCUGCGCCGCCGCCUCAAAAGCCAGUCCGUCAUUUUUGUGCCGUCUGUGGCAACUUUUCUCAAUAUUCGUGCACGGCGUGCGGGACGCGUUAUUGUCGCGUUCGCUGCCUGCGUACUCAUCAGGAUACCCGCUGUCUAAAGUGGACCGCGUAAGUUUGGUUGUAUAGCUAUUAAAAUCCCCAAUACAAAAUGUAAAUUAGUUUUAGCAUUCUUGCAAUAAACAUGAAAUAUUAA